GCCUUUGUGGCUAAUGUCCGCUACCGGGGCUGCUCCUCCGCUGUAGCUGGGGCUCCGUCCGGCGGGGAGCCGUGUGGCAGAUCCCGAAGAGAUCCCCGAGCCGCCGCUCUCGGCUGGAGAGCCCCGUGGAGCCCCCUCGGGCACGCGCCUACGCUGUGCUUUAACCCGGAAGCUAAAAAUAGGGUGCGUGCGGCGAGCCGCGAGGAAGGCAGGUGUGGAGCGGCUGUCUCGCUAGCCGGCGCGCGGAGCUGUGGUGUCGGCGCUCGGGGUCCUUCCCCAUGGGACUGAGGUAGAGAGCGGACCCGGCGACUGAGAAGCACAGAGGCGGUCGGCGUCUGGGAAAGAAGAGGUUACUUAGGAAACUCCUCCCCAAGCACAAAACCCAACUGUACUAAGCUUUUUGUGAGCUAUUUCAGCCCAGAAUGGCUGUGGAAUCCAGAGCAAUUUCAACUUUAAAACCUCAGGACCAUCAAGAAGAAUUGAUACUAGUGAAAAUAGAAGAUAGUAGCUUUUCUUGGAGUCAGAAAUGUAAACAGAAUGGGAGUGCCCAAUCUUGCCAAGAACUAUUUCGCCAGCAAUUCAGGAAGUUUUGCUAUCAUGAAACACCUGGGCCCCGAGAGGCUCUGGGACGACUCCAGGAACUUUGCCAUCAGUGGCUAAUGCCAGAGUUGCACACAAAGGAGCAGAUCCUAGAACUAUUAGUGCUGGAGCAGUUCCUGAGCAUCCUACCUGAAGAGCUGAAGAUAUGGGUUCAACAACAUGGUCCAAAAAGUGGUGAGGAAGCUGUGACUCUACUGGAGGAUUUGGAGAAAGAGUUUGAUGAUCCGGGGCAGCAGGUCCCAGAUAAUCUACAAGGACCGUCAGUGUCAUGGAAAGAUUUGACAUAUCUCAAAGCAUCCCAAGAUUCAACAAGCAUCCAAGUCCGGCCUUUGAAGACACAGCUGAAAUCCUGGAAUCCUUGUCUUUCCUCUAAAAGUGAUGCUAAGAAUAAUGAAUCAACAGCAAAAGAGGACAUUUCAGAAGAAAAAGCACCAGAACUCUCUUGGGAUCCUUCAUUUAGAGGUGUCAGUGAGCACAAAAGCAAUUUAGAAUGGCAGCAAAGAAGUUCCCCUCUCCACAGGGGCAGUUUUAGUCAAGUGAUCUUCACACACAAAUCCUUAGCAAAGAGAGACCAUCUUGAUGAAUCUCAAAGAUGCUUGAUUCUAAGUACAAACUCUGUAACAUGUCAGAAAGUCUCUACAGAUGACAGACCUUAUAGAUGUGAUGUAUGUGGGCAUAGCUUUAAACAACAUUUCUCUCUAACACAGCAUCAGAGAAUACAUACUGGAGAAAAGCCCUAUAAAUGUAAUCAGUGUGGGAAGGCCUUUAGUUUGAGGUCAUAUCUUAUUAUUCAUCAGAAAAUCCAUAGUGGUGAAAAAGCAUAUGAAUGCAAUGAAUGUGGAAAGGCCUUCAAUCAGAGCUCAGCUCUCACUAGACAUCGGAAAAUUCAUACAGGUGAGAAAGCUUGUAAAUGUAAUGAGUGUGGAAAAGCAUUCAGUCAAAGUUCUUACUUAAUUAUACAUCAAAGAAUCCACACUGGUGAGAAACCCUAUGGGUGUAGUGAAUGUGGGAAAACCUUUAGCCAGAGCUCAAAGCUUAUUAGACAUCAGCGAAUUCAUACAGGAGAGAGACCGUAUGAAUGUAAUGAAUGUGGAAAAGCUUUCAAGCAGAGCUCAGAGCUGAUUACCCAUCAGAGGAUACACAGUGGAGAGAAACCUUAUGAAUGUCAUGAGUGUGGAAAAGCCUUCAGUCUGAAUUCAAACCUCAUAAGACAUCAAAGAAUCCACAGUGGAGAGGAGCCUUAUCAGUGUAAUGACUGUGGCAAAACCUUCAAAAGGAGCUCAGCCCUUGUUCAGCACCAGAGAAUCCACUCUGCGGAUGAAGCGUAUAUAUGUAAUGAAUGUGGGAAGGCUUUUAGGCACAGGUCAGUGUUAAUGCGCCAUCAGAGAGUCCACACUAUUAAGUAACUUAAUACAAUGAUUCAUAAGUACAUCCAUAUAUUUUUAUCUUUAUCAGUCAAAAGGUUGACUUUGGAGCAAGAUUCCGAGGUAAUUUUUUUUUAAAAAGUAGUCUUUAGUCAAUCUAACUUGCUUUGUGCGGCACUUCCCCAAUGCUAAUGAAAUUUUCUUUGAAACUUCCUGUGACUUAACCAGAAAGAAAUAUAAGACCAUUUCUUUGAGCUUUGCUCUUAACAUUAGGAAUACUCAGGAAAAAAGAAGUAAUGCAAUAUUGAGACCUUAUUAUCUAUGAGAAUGUCAUAUGAAAAGGCUUCAUUCUGCCACUACAGCUUACUGUCAAUGUACCAGGUUUGUGAGACAGUAUGGUAAGGAACUCAAAAACUUUUACUCAACAGACAAUGAGAAAACAUUUUCAUUGAUGAUUUGUUGAUCUGAAGACAAGCCCAGCACUCGGGAGGCAGAGGCAGGCGGAUUUCUGAGUUCGAGGCCAGCCUGGUCUACAUAGUGAGUUCCAGGACAGCCAGGGCUAUACAGAGAAACCCUGUCUCGAAAACCCAAAAACAAACAAACAAAAAGAAAGAAAUGAAAUGAACUUGAAAAGUAAAAGAAACAAGUUAAUUUAUACAAGUGAAGAGUCCCAUCUGUUCCCCACUGCCAUGCUGGGAACUAAUUUAGGGCUUCACAUGCUAGCAAGUAGUUAGUCCUAUGUUAUUUUUUAAUACUCAUUUUGUGUCAGGAACUCGGAAUAUAAUGGAGUGGGGGAGAAUGAUUUCUAUAGUCUAAUAGCUAUUAACAGUCAGAUAAUGACAAUGUGGUCAGUCUUUUAAAGAUUGCUGCUUAAGCAUUUUUCCCAUUUCCUUGUCCAAGAACUUGGAUAAAGGAAAUUGAAAUGAUAUGAAGAUUGAGGGGUUAACCAGGAAAGAAAGCCAGGUAACAGGAAAGGAAGAGAUCUUUCUGUUUAAUGAAAGGAACAAAACAUGGAACAUUGCCUACUGAGUUCAGAAUUGGCAUCACAUCUCUGAGAAGUAUGACUGCAGGCAGACUCCCAAGCACUGCAGAUGAGCCUAUGAAGAUUAAAAACCUAAAGUCCUUAGUCACAGCACCAUGAAGAGCUUUGUCUUCGUUAGUGUGGCCUAAUGGAAAAGGAGAAUAAGUAGUUUCCUGACCCAACCUGAGACAACAUUUACAUUUCUACAGAGAGAGAGAGUGGUAAGAGUGGAAUAUAUAAAAGAAUAGCCCAGAUAGAGACUCUUUGAGUUCUUUAGAAUAUUGGAGUUGAUGUAGUAGAAGAUUCUACGGCAACUGUAUCUAAAGCUGCUUCUCCACCAUUUCUCCAUCUUAGCAUGACUGCCUGAGCUUGGGUAUUCAAACAUUGUCAGUUUCUGAGUCCUUGGCUUUUUCUCAAGAUACCUCACACAUGUUUUCUGUUAGCGAUAUUUAGCAGUACCUUGAAAAAAAUGUAAGGACCAUGCUAGAAAAGGGACAACAAAAGUAGUAAUUAUUGUUAGGACUUUUCCUCUUCUGAAGAAUCCAUCAGAGGAGUACUGUAAGGCUAGUGUACAGUGCAAGGGGGAAGUUGAUUAACUCAAGCCUCCUUAUCCCUGUGCUCUGGACAGUGAGACAAAGGUUGAAGCAUUCCUGGCCAAUUGAAGCUACAUAAUAGGACCUAGGGCCCCAUCUCAAAAUAUUGGGGAUAAAAAGCUGUUUGGAAGAAUAAAAUACCAAACUCAAAUCUAUGUAUAAACAGAAAAAUAACUUUUAUGAGGAUACGAAAGUAAUACUGUCUUGGACAUUUAUAGGUGAGUAUGUACUAACCAAUAAAAAUAAUGAGCCAAAUGUCUAAUGUAGAUGUUAAGUAGGAUAAUGUUUACAAAAGGGAAAGAACUCUGGAGUUCUUGCAUAGAUCAGAAGGAAAUGUAAAAGGUGUUUGCCAAGGGCUUUGUAUAUGUGUUAGUCAUUAGUACAAAUCAUAUUUUAUACAUAGGAAAUGGAGACUUAUAGCUACAAGGUCAGAAUUUGAAAUCAGAACCCUAUUCAGGGAGCACAAUGAAUCUUUUUCAUUAACAUUUAAUGAAAAAGAUUCAUUAACACUUAAACAUCCCAGAAGUGCCAGUCAACGAUCCAUAUAUGUCCAGUCUUACAACUUACAAUCAUAUUGGAGUAAGAAUGAAAGUGAUACUUAUUUUAAUAUAAAAUUAACAAGGAUUCAAGCAUAUUAGGACUCUCUUGCUGAUGGAUGUGAAUACCUAUCUUGGGCAAUCACUACCAGAAGCCUUAAGCACUGCCUUUUACUUUGAAAUUCUACACAGAAAUAUACUUAAACCAUGAAUAUGCAGUCUUACAAGCUGUUAAAAUGUGUUAAAGAUUCAUAAUAUAUUAAAUACACAAUCUCUACAACAUGAUCCCAUGUACAACACAUGCAUUAAAUAAUAGAAAUACACAAUGUUAAGAUGUUACACUGGUUACUUCUGGGUAGUAAAGUUACAGGUAAUGCGCUUUUUUUAUAUUUCAAGUUUUACUACAAAAUCUGAUACUGCUUAUAGAGCAAGGAGCUAGAGAAUAUAAUUCUAUUGUAAAUCAUAAGCUUACUAUGUUUAAGGCCCCAAGCUUAAUCCCUAGAUCCCCGGCCCUGGGUGAGGCUGGAAGGGAACAGAAGCCCAAGAGAGAGUUGUAAAAAUAAGUACUUGCUUUCUGUAACAUCCCUGUCUCAGGUCUAACAAACUUAACUCUGACCUUUCACUGCUGAUCAAGGCAAACUUACCUGCUUCAUAAUAUUAGAAGAAUCCCCUUCAAAUCUCCUAUGCAAGAAACUUACAUGUUUAAAGAUUUAUGGCUGAGAAAAGUGUGUCUUGUAAAUGAUUAAUAGCUUUGGUCAUUAGUGCUUUUCCAUGAAUUCAACAGGCAUAUACAAGUUAUCUUGACUAUAUUCUCAUGUUAAAAAGCUGAAGAUGAUCUUAAGUUACAAUCUUUAUGAAAUGGAGCAGACACCAACAUCGGGUGAAAGAAAAGGUGGUUUUGUCUCUCAACAGCAUUUUCUGAAAGAAAAUAACUAAUGCCUUUCUCUCUGCUCCAUGCAUUUUUUCCUCUUGCUCUCGUGGCUGUCUAAAAUGUCUAUAAAGCAGCACUUGCCUUACAUGGAUCUUAAAUCAGUUCCAUCCUUUUUCUUCCUCCUUUCCACUGCCUGCAACCAAAACUGAGAGACUUGAACUUUUAAGGCAUUUGACAAUGGCCUAAUAACCUACUUUUGUUUAUGAACUGCCAAGGAGAAAGUCACAUCUCUUGGGCCAGUUCCAUUCCCAGGACCACAUUGGGUGGUGUACCCCUGAAACUCCACUUCAGGGGAAUCCAGUGUCCUCUUCUGGCUUCUGCAGGCAUUUAUAUUCACAUGCACAUAAUUUUAAAGUAAUUAUUCCAAAGGUCUUUCUUAGCUCUUAGAAUUGAAGGAGCAGAAUAUCUUAGUGAAUUUAGUAUGUGUGAGAAUUUUAAAAGUUCUUGUUCUCAUUCCCUUCCUGCAACAAUUCAGCCUGAGUUUCCUGAUGCUGUUUAUUUAACUCAGGAAAUAGAAACUAAGUGUGCACCCUCCAGCCUAACUCCAUUCAUGUUGUUCUCUUAUUUACCUGAAUGAUUUUUUUUACCUGAAUGAUUUAUUUACCUGAAUGAUUCAAAAGCAAAACUUUAAAAUUUCAGUUUAUUACAAUACAUUCCCAUUACAUGCUGAUACUACUAAGCAGUUGGAGUGCAAAUUGAAUAUAUAAAUGGUAAAGUUAAAAAAAUUGUACUAAAGAUUCUUACCAAAAAUAUUAGAAUUAGGGAAAAACUCUAAUAGGAAGUAGUUCAAAAGUUAGUUUUGCUAUGGAUAAUGGGUUUAUGGAUGACUUUACUUACCAACACUCACAAUUAGAAAAAGGAUUAAAUGAUAUUUAAAACAUUGAAUCAUUUGCUUGUCACCUGUAAAAAAAAAGGCAAGUCACUGUCCAUUUGAGUGAUCCCUUUAUGGUAGCUUUUAAAUGUUAAUUGCACAACCUUUGGAAGUGAGAACCAUAUUUAUUGUUACCUCCCCUACUCAGAAUAUAGCUAUGAUUACCAAGUUUUUAAAAAAAAAAAAAAAGGUACACUCUCCUAGGUAGAAAUUACUCUUAUCGAUUAAGGUUUAAUUAAAACUGCCAAAUUAAAGUCAAGGAAGAAUUUUAUAGAAUCUGAAGGAUUGACUCUGUAUUUCCCUUAAGUGGCUUAUCACCUGCAGACCUAAUGCUGAGGGACUCUCCAGGCUCCAGUGUCCUUCAGCUUCCAAUGCAUGCUGUUUCCUUGGUAUACAUGCAUGACUUCAGAAACACCAGUUUUAUGUUUUAAUCAUGCUAAUUCUGAAUGCUUCUUGAUCAUGUAGGUCACUUACGAUGUGAAACAUUUCAUGUUAUCCAACUCAGGCUAUUACAAACAGGAAAAGAAAGCAACCUGAUUUUUGAGCUAGAGUCACAAACAACUCCAGCAGGAACUAGUGAAGACAUGAAACAGGAAUGUCCAUUCCUCAUCAUGCCAUGUAUUGCUAUGACCUCUGCAUCUGUUCUGCCAUUAGCCAAGCUGCUGAUUCUACAUUUUAGGUCUUAAUAUCACAUCCAAGAAAUUUUUAGUUAACUCAUAGAUCAGAUAAAAUCUCUGAUAUUUCUUCCAACAGAAUCCUGAAUUUAACUGGCAUAGUUAUUGCCACACAGUUACCAUAAUAAUUGAUUUAAUUAAAUAUGUAUAUUCUAUUAGCCCUUAGUUUGGAGAAGACAAUGACCAAGCCUAUUCUCCCAGUGGCUAAGCCCAGCAGAUUCUAAAUAAGGAAGUACACUGUAACAGGAAGCUCAGGGUUAGCAAGGGGCAGAAUGAUCUUCCACUCCUCAGAUAUUAAACUGAUCCAGGACAUGACAUUUCAUAGCCUCAAUUCAACAUUUCAGUGUUUAGUAACUCUUAAAACAUGCCUACUCCUGUCAGGCAUAAACACUUUUAUAGACAGACCUUAUAAAGAGAUCUUACAGGAUCUGUGCCCCAAUCAUGGACUUACAUGAAGGUGCUCAAUGGCAGUUCUAUCUGCAGUGGAGAGUGGGAUGAAAAGCGGAUUGGUGAGAGUCCUCAUCCAGAAAUGGGUCAGUUCCCCCAUCCCCCUUAGAAAAUACCAUUCUUUGUAGACAAGUUUUGGAUAAAAUUCUUCUUUCAGUAUGCAAA